AUGACAUCAUGUCUCUCACGCCCUUAGAAAACAGGUGAGGAGAACAGGAGACGUUAAACCAGACAGAGGGCCACGUUGUUUAAUACUUUGUAUUACGAAGAAUCUUCCCAAUCAAAAAUGGCAGACUUGUGGGAUGACUUAGAGAGCUUUGCGAAUGCUUCCUCUUCUUUCACCGCAGUGCCAGGAGAGAGGGGUACCAUUAAAGCUAAAGCUAACUUCAACGUCAGUGAAGAUGUUGCAGCUCUUUGUAAAGCAAUUGAAGGCAUAGGUACAACUGAGAAAACGUUGAUAGAGAUACUGACCCACAGGAGCAGCAGUCAAAAGCAGGCUAUUUCAAAGGCAUACCAAGAAACCACAAAGAGGAUUCUUGUUAAUGACUUGAAAGGCGACACUCAGGGCAAGUUAGAAGAAGUGCUUGUUGCACUCGCAAGACCUCCUGCAGUCAAUGAUGCUAAAUGGUUAAUCGAAGCAAUCAAAGGGGCUGGAACGGACAACAGUAUCCUGAUAGAAAUUCUUUCCUCACGGACAAAUAAACAAAUCAAGGAGCUGUCUGCAGCAUAUUCUGAGGAAACAAAGAAAACACUGAUACAGAGCCUAAAGACCGAAGUUUCGAGAGAUUUUGGCAAAGCCAUCCUUUUGCUUGCUGAGGGGGCGAGGGACGAGAGCACCAAUGUGAAUGCAGACCAGGCUAGAGAGGAUGCAAAGGCCCUCUAUAAUGCGGGCGAGAAAAAACUGGGAACUGAUGAGUCCAAGUUCAUUGAGAUCCUCUGUAAAAGGAGCAUCCCUCACCUGAGACAAACAAUAUUGGAAUAUAAAAACAUCAGUGGCAAGACUUUGCAGAAGAGCAUCGAGAAGGAAAUUUCUGGAAGCCUGGAGGAGCUGCUGGUUGCUAUUGUAAAGUGUGUAAUGAGUACUCCUGCAUACUUUGCUGAAAAACUCUACAAAAGCAUGAAGGGAGCAGGUACAGAUGAAACCACUUUGACCAGAGUAAUGGUCAGCCGUGGAGAGAUCGACAUGCUGGACAUCAGAGCUGAAUACAAGAAGCUCUAUCAGUCUUCACUCUACAAGGAAAUAAAUUCUGAUGUGUCUGGCAGCUACGGUGAAUGCCUGAAGAUGAUUUGUGGAGGAGAAGACUAACCUGUUUACAAAACCUGGUUACAAGUUCUCAGGAUGCUUUAUAAAAUAGUUUCAUGAGGGAAAUAUAUCAUUUAUAUCAUAAUAUAUAAUUUCAUCAUGUAUAGUUUAGUGCAGCUAAAAGUUACAGAGUGAGAUUCAUAUUGAUUAAAGAUUCAUAUUUAAAACAUACCUUUGGUUUUUGUCUCGGUCAAAACUGUUAAGACUUUUUGGUGGUGAAUGGCCCCUCAGGCAUGACUUUCUAUGAUUUAGAAUAAACACCAAUUAAAAUGUUGCUGAUAAAUCAUGAAUAUUAUAAUUAGAAAUUAAAAUGUUAUGUUUAUUGUAUGCAUUUAUUAAUUCUUUUGGUCUACAUACAGUAAUAUUACAUAAUAUGUCCUUCAUUCAUUAUGUGAAUCAGCAGAGUGAAUUAACAGACUGGAUUAUAAGAUUGAAAUGCUGAAGAAUAUAUUAUUUUAGAACACAACAAAAUUGUUUGUUUGUUUUAAACGAGUUUCAUGUUUGUUUGUUUUAAUACUGUAAGUGUCUAAGUGAGUGUCUAUAAAACCAGAGAAAGUUUAUCAGACAUCUGUUUUUGGUGCUAUCAUAUGGGUGAAAUAAUCAACAUGAUGCCUGUUUGUGCCUUUUUGGCAAUAAAAUAAAUUAAUAAACCCA